UUUUUAUUUACCUGAGAGUUAAAUGGACCAGGGGAAAAAAUGGCUUUAGUGAACACUGAAGUGGGCGUAAUGCUGUCCGUGGUGCUGAAUACUCCGUUGUCCCAGAUGUGCCAAGGGGGCUCCGGAGGCUGGUUAGGGAACACCUUGCCGUGUUAGUGUACUGAUGAUAAGAAAGAAAAGGGCUGGGGGCAAAGUGUCAUUUCUCUCCCUACGAAGCAACUCUGAAUGCCCAGGGUAAAUCGGCCAGAUGAAAAAUAAAACAAUAAAGUGUAGAAGGCUGGAGGUUUCAGUAGUUGAAUCUUCCCUUUUCAUACGGAGAUUUUUGGUCAGAGCCAAUCAGAUCGGAGAUUUCUGCUGCUUUGCUCCUGAAAGGAAAAGUGGGGGAAGGGAGAGAGAAAAUGGCCACAUUCUCCCCUUGAGCCACAUGAUCCAUUUCCCAUGUGACACAUUCCAGAGCCUUGGAAAAGAGAAGGGAGGGGCACCAAGAGAGUGGGGCUGGGGGUGGGAAGAUGGUUUAACAGUCUACCCUGCACAGCGUCAUUUUGUCUCCCUACCAGGAAGCAGGCUGUGAGCCAGGGGAAAAGCAGAAGACAGGUAUGAAUGUGUUCCCAAGCUUUCCUGGUGGUUUUUGGCAUUCUCCAAACUCCCAUGCAAGGUCUGUUCCUGACCAAGAAGACCCAAGGAGACCGGCUCUAAAAUCAAGUCCUGAUGGAGAACUAAGAGGGAAAAAAUGAAUAUGGUGUUUGCUCACAGAAUGGAUAACAGCAAGCCACCUUUGGUUACUCCGACACUUCCGGUGCCCUUCCAAAACCACAGCCACCCUGCAACAGCCACACCUCUGCCAAGCCAUGACCUGACGGAAUUAUAUGAGGGGCACGGCUGGAUGAGCAACAGGACAGACCUGCAAUAUGGACCGAGACCCGGGGAAGUGGCCACAGCUAGCAUUUUCUUUGGGACCCUGUGGUUGUUGUCUGUCUUUGGCAAUUCCCUGGUUUGCUUGGUCAUCCACAGGAGUAGGAGGACUCAGUCCACCACCAACUACUUUGUAGUCUCCCUGGCGUGUGCUGAUCUUCUCAUCAGCGUGGCCAGCUCACCUUUUGUUCUGCUGCAGUUCGCCACCGGGAGGUGGACACUGGGCAGCGCCAUGUGCAAGGUCGUGCGGUACUUUCAGUAUCUCACCCCGGGCGUGCAGAUCUACGUGCUCCUCUCCAUCUGCAUCGACCGGUUCUAUACCAUUGUCUAUCCUCUGAGCUUCAAGGUGUCCAGGGAAAAAGCCAAGAAAAUGAUUGCAGCAUCAUGGAUCUUCGAUGCAGCCUUCGUGGCCCCUGUGUUCUUUUUCUAUGGGUCCAGCUGGGACAAUCAUUGUAACUAUUUCCUCCCUUCCUCUUGGGAAGGAACGGUCUAUACUGUCAUCCAUUUCUUGGUGGGCUUUGUGAUUCCAUCUGUCCUCAUAAUCUUAUUCUACCAGAAGGUCGUAAAGUAUAUUUGGAGAAUAGGCACUGAUGGCCGAACUGUGAGGAGGACAAUGAACAUUGUCCCAAGGACGAAAGUGAAAACUAUCAAGAUGUUCCUCAUUUUAAACCUAUUGUUUCUGCUCUCCUGGCUGCCUUUUCACGUAGCUCAGCUGUGGCACCCCCAGGAGCGAGACUACAGGAAAAGUUCCCUUGUGUUCACAGCGAUCACAUGGAUAUCCUUUAGUUCUUCAGCCUCCAAACCUACUCUGUAUUCGAUUUAUAAUGCCAGUUUUAGGAGAGGAAUGAAGGAGACUUUUUGCAUGUCCUCGAUGAAGUGUUACAGAAGCAAUGCCUAUACUAUAACAACCAGUUCAAGGAUGGCCAAAAAAAACUAUGUUGGCAUUUCAGAAAUCCCUCCCACGGCCAAAACUAUCACCAAAGACUCAAUCUAUGAUUCAUUUGACAGAGAAGCCAAGGAAAAAAAGCUUGCUUGGCCCAUUAACUCAAAUCCACCAAAUACUUUUGUUUAAUAUCUUAGAAUUCUUUCAGUUAUUGUUAUGCACUAGAGAUUAAAAGGCUUUAACUAUAAAA